AUGAUGAAUCGGUGCACAGUCUUCCUUCUAACUAUCGUCGCUCCACUGCUUGUACAAUCAAAUUUGGGAAGGAUGUUGGUGAAGAGCGACAAAAGCAAUGAGGAUAAUGGAAGAUAUUUUGAAGAAAUGAAUCGAAACGAAUUUUGGGGAUGGAAUGAAGAUUAUGAGACGCUUCUACAUUUUUCGGAAUCGUUUGAUGGAAUGGCGAAUCGCAGUGAAAUCGAUUGGAAGUUGGCAGAAUCGCAAAUGAAUGAGACAAAAAAUUAUUUGUUGGGGAAACUCAAACGGAGAACACUGCUGGAUAAGUUUGUAGAAUGUUCAACUCAAAACUCCGAGAUAUUAUAUCGAUUGAGAUUGUACGCAGGUAAUUUUAUAAAAGUAAUGAAGCCGCAUAUUAAGUUUGUGAGAACUGAGAUUGCUAAACUGAGAGUUGAGCAGAAUGCUUUGACACAUUCACCAUGCAUAGAACCAACACGAUUGCAAAAAGGUUUUAGAAAAUUGAGACGUUUGAUUUCAAAUGUAUCCGUAUGGCGAUCAAGAUAUUUCCAAUUCUCUCUCCUCAGUGGCGUCUUUCGCGAAAUGGCUGAUGCGAUAAGUAAGGUAGAAGUAGAAAACAAUAGAAUACAGUAUCCCAUGAUACAACAACAGUGA